AGGAGGGCCUGACCGACAUGUGCUUCUUGAUGGAGCUGGAGCUGGGCCAGCUGCCCAACAAGACCCGCCGGAUGGGCGUCAUCUCGGGGCUGCCCUGCAACAAGACCUGGGAGGACUCGUUCGACCUGGCCGCGGUGGAGAGGUGGUUGGCCUCGGCGCCCGACAGCAUCGCCGCGGGCUCGGGGACGGGCCUGGACGCCUCGGGCAUCGCGCAGGCGGGUGCUGCCGAAGAGGCGGCGGCCAGCUCGGGCAGCGCGCGGGCGUCGGCGGCCGAGGCGGCGGCCUCCACCCCAGGCGCCGACGCGGCGGCCGCGGCGGCCGACGCUGGCCGCGCUGCGGCGGCCACCGCCGGGGGGGCAGGCCUCGACCCGGCGCCCGAAUCUGCUUGCGGCCCGAUCGAGGAAGACGUCGCUUAUUGGGCAUGGUCGCUGCUGGGCGAGAUGCACAACGUGCCCAACGCCAGGGAGUGCCGCGGCAAGUGCGCGCUGGUGCCCGGCUGCGGCGCCUGGACCUGGGGCAAGGCUCGCGGCGUGGACGACCUGUCCGACAUAUGUUUCCUGAAGGGCCACAGCGCCAAACUACAGGACAGCCGCCACAAGGCGAGGGGCGUCUCGUCGGGCCUCUGCGGCGCGGGGGCCGCCGCCGAGGACGGCAGCCCGCGCAUGACCAUCGUGCUGGGCUCGAACGACGUCGACCGGGCCGCCGGGCGGCAAGGUGCCAUCUUGCCGAUGAGUUCGAUCAAGUCGCCAGAGAAAAGCAGUACCGCUGUACUUUCCACAACCGUGACCGCUACCACAAGAGUCGCGACCGCUACCACCACAUUCACUAGCACCACUGCGAACGUCCUGACGAGCACUACCGUCCUAACCACCAUCACUACCGUCCUGACGAGCACUCUCACGAGCGAAACGUCUGCGACAUACACCCAGACUACCAGCACGAAGACCCCAUCGAGAGCGACCUCAACGACGGGCCCAAUCGCUCUACCGGAGAAAGUUGACGGCGAGCUCUUCUGCUUCGCAGUCAUGGUGCCGGGGAGUGAGGAGCAGUCUUUGCUCGUAAUCGCUUUUCAAAACAGCGCCGGAAUAUUUAACUGCGACAUGAACACGAUCUACAGCAGUCUGGAAUUCGAGCUUGCCCCAGGCGUCGUGACACAUAAGGUGGCGAGCGACUUGCAUUGCGAAAGCGGGGGCGAGUUCAACACUGCCCUCAACCUCGAGAUCUUCUUAGAGGUGUGGAGGUCUGUCGUGGCGGAUGGCGAUUUCACCCGCUUCGAGUGGACCGUCAAAGUUGAUCCGGACAGCGUCUUCUUCCCAGACCGCCUUCGGGUCGCGAUCCAGAAACAUCAGCCAGCAGAGUACGAGCUUGGCAUAUAUCUCAACAAUUGCGACUUCGGCCUCCACGGCCGCGCCCUUAGCUCGCGUGGGUGGCGGUGUGAUCGGCCGACAAUUUGCAAGAGCAAGACUCUUGGCGUUCAGCGGUCUUUCGCGUUUCGAUGUAUUUAUUGCCAGUUGGCGAAUCGCGAGUCAUCUCGCAUGAAUUUCGAUGGUUUGUGCUUCUGCGAUAAUGGAUUCCUGCUGUUGCUGCACUCUUGUGCCUUCUGAGGUCCUAUCGAAGUCUUCUCAAGACGCGCAGUGGAGACAUGGUGGGAAGGAUCUCAGAAGUGUUUGGACCACUUCUGGGAGAUGUGCAGUGGUGACUGCAAUUGGGGUGAAGACAUUUUUAUCGACCAGUGCUUGUGGAAGGUGUUGAAUGCCACGCGUUACGAUGAACACGCCCUGCUCGUUGAGGACCAUUGCUCUCCCCCUGAGGGGUGGAGAGAUUGUCAGGAUUCGUGGCACAUUGCUUUUCACCCGUUUAAGACGGGUUGGGAGUGGAUGCAGUGCUUCGAAAACGCCAAGGCGCACCAGGACUAAGUUCUGGAAUUCAGUGCAUCGUGCGAGCCGUCGGCCAGCAUGGUGCGUCAAAGCGAAUUCGAUAUGCCCACGACUGCGGGCCUCUUGGAUAUUUGAGCGCCUCUGCGCCUCCAGCUGCCAACUGCCGAACAUUGACUCUCAGAGUCCAAGGUGACUUCUCUGCGAGCGCGCAGCACGCACGUCUCCGCAGUGCGAGACGCGGGCGCCCGUAGGCCGCAGACCGUCAGCCGUCGUAUGUGUUCCCUCUCUUCUCCUGACAGUGCCUGUACUUCGGGGCUGGCACCAGGAUUCCCAACGAACUGC